AUGCAAAGUCGAACAAUAUUAUUAAUUGGUAGAACAGGAAGCGGAAAAUCCACCGUAGCGAACGUAAUAAGCGGCACAAAAGAAUUUAAAGAAAGUUCGGGUUCUACCAGUGAAACUAGAGAUGCCAAUGUUCGAGAAUUUUUAAUUGAUGGGAUGUCGUUUAGACUCAUCGAUACAGUUGGUCUUGGUGACACAGAAUUAACCCAACAAGAAGUCCUUUAUAAACUGGCAGAAGCUUCUCAUUCCAUCAAAAAUGGGUUAAGUCAAAUACUAUUUGUUACAAGUGGUAGAUUUACCAAAGAAGAAGUGGAUGCUUAUGAUUUAUUAAGAACCAUUAUUUUUGACAAUAAUGUUGUCAAAUAUACUACCAUUGUACGAACCAAUUUUCCUGAAUUUGAAGAUGCCGAUGAGUGUGAAAAUGAUAAACGGCAAAUGAUCAAUAAAAACAAAGAUCUUUCAGCAGUAAUCAAAGCAUGUAAAAAGGUUAUACAUAUAGAUAAUCCACCAUUAGUUGGUCGUGCUAAAGAAACCAACAAACUAAUCAGAGAUGAGUCAAGAACAAGAAUUCUAUUGCAUUUAAAUGCUUGUAAAGAAGUUUACAGACCAGAAAAUUUAGACCAGUUAAAUGAAAGAAUUGGAAGUUAUAUGACUGAAAAAGAAAUAUUAGAAAAACUUGUAGCAGAUAGAAAAUUUCGAGAAGCAAUGGAACAACAAAGAAGGGCAGCGGAAGAACAAAAAAGAGCAGCAGAAGCAGAAAUAAAAAGAUUAAAGGAUAAAGCCUCUCGAGAAAUAAUAUGUGUUCUGCCGAAUAAUCCCAUCUGUAAUAUAUUAUAA